GGUCAAAACGAGUGUAUCAAGAUGGCGGACUCGAACGAAAAGUUGUUAGCAGAGCUCCUAAAAAAACCUGGAAAUAACGUAUGUGCUGAUUGCGGAACUAAAAAUCCAGAAUGGGCUUCGUACAAUAUUGGCAUCUUUGUAUGCACAAGGUGUGCCGGUGUACAUCGAUCUAUGGGGGCACACAUAUCAAAGGUGAAACAUUUGAAGUUGGAUCGAUGGGAAGACUCUCAAGUAACCCGCGUUCGCGAAGUUGGUAAUAAUGUAGCACGACUUCAUUAUGAAGAACGAGUACCUUCUUGUUAUCGAAGGCCCAAUCAAGACGCACCACAAGUACUAGUGGAGCAAUGGAUACGAGCUAAAUAUGAACGUGAAGAAUUUUGUCACCCAGAAAGACAGAAUCAUUACGUUUCCGGAGUCAUGGAAGGAUUCUUGAUGAAGCGAGGAAAAGAGGACUCAAAAUAUCACCCGCGAAAAUUUGUUCUGUCAGAGGCCGAUGACACGUUAAAAUAUCAUGUCAAAGAGAACAAGGAACCAAAAGCUGUACUCAGGAUAUCAGAAUUAAAUGUCGCAUUUGCACCUGCAAAAACUGGCCUUCAAAAUAGCUUACAAAUUUCUUUUAUGAAAGACGGGACCACAAGACAUCUUUACGUGUAUCAUGAAGAUCCGGAAGUCAUAACAAACUGGUACCUGGCCAUUAGAUGUGCAAAGCUGCAUCGCCUACAAAUAGCAUAUCCUGGAAUCUCAGAAUCUGAAUUACUCUUACAACUGACGAGAGAUUUUGCGCGAGAAGGAUAUUUGUGGAAAACUGGUCCAAGGCAUUCGGAUGCAUAUAAGAAAAGAUGGUUCACUCUAGAUGGUCGGAAGCUGAUGUACCACGAUGAGCCUAUGGAUGCACAUCCGAAAGGAGAGAUAUUUUUGGGACACAUCGCGGAUGGCUAUGGUGUGAAACUGGGUGUACCAACCGGUGCUAAGGAUCAGGGUUUUUCCUUUACUCUUGAGACACCUGAGAGAAGUUUUUUACUUUCGGCUCAAAGCAACGAUGAUAGAACGCAGUGGAUGAGCAUCAUUCAAAGGGUGAUUGAGAAACCAUUGACUCCACACGAUAUAUCGAUAUCAGCACGUUUAGUGAGGAAACGCACAGCAAGUGGUACCAUGAAUAUUUUCUCAUCGGUGAGGUAGGGCUGGACCCCCUUAGUUAUCUGUCAUAAUUAGUAAAUAUUGUUAACUAGGAGAUCGAAUUAAACUAGACGUAACAUGAGUUAUAAUUCAUUAAAAAAGGACUAUUCAGUCCAGAUUUUUAUAUUUAAUAGAUGCCUCAUUUUACCAUACUGUGCUGUACUGAAGGGUCUUUUGAAAUCUGAAGAUCUCUAUGUACAAUUUAUCUAAACCGAAAAUCGGCUUGCGGUAGCAAUUUUUCAAUCGUACUAUGAGCCUUCAUACCAGCUAACAUUGUUUCUCAGCCGUGAUUGUAAAGAAGAGCUUAAGUACUAAAGCACGAGGGCCAACACAAAAGUUACAUGUACAGCUGUUUUUCAGAAUAAGCUUUAAUAGCACAUGAAAUUUGUAAAAUAUUAUAAGACUGGUAAUGAAACUAUUUACAUGCAGUAUCGAUGACCGUUUAAUUUAGAGUUUUUGUAUUAUUAUGUUAUUACAAUUGGGAAAUCAGAGAAAUGUAAAUGCUGAUAUCUUGAAACAUAUAAGGUUUAGUGAAUAUAUAGUCUACCUUUUAUAGACAUAUAGAUCUAGUUGCUUUGCGAAAUCUUAUUUUACAAAUAACACACGAUAUGAAAAUAAAUUAGCGUCAUUGUUAAAAUCAUGUCUUAUUCAUUAAAGUAAUAAUUAUUUCAAGAUAUCAAAUACACAACAAACUUUAGAACAAAUUCAGAUCAUACCUACGUCUGUUUUAUGAGUUUGACACACAUGUAUGUAUGUUAUGUGUACAAAUAAUAUAGUUGUGUGCAUAUCGACGGGUCCUAAU